AUGGAUACCGCAUUCCGAAAGAUUGAUAUCGAUAUCUACGAUGAAGAUGUGCUUCAAGAAUCGGAGCUGUACGAGGCAGAUCCACGCGAUCCUGCAGAAGUGCUUGAGGAUGCGAAACAGAGAGCAGGGCAUGUUAGGAGUUUGCUAGCAAAGAACGAUAUUCCAGGCGCUCUGACCAUCAUCCUCGACAACGCCCCGUACGGACCAAACAUUGACGAUGCCAAGAUCAUCACUCUCCAAACCUUGCUGACUAUUCUCAACACCACGAAAUCCGCCGAUAUUCCAGGAGUCAUCAAGGCACUGUCGAUGGAUACCCAAGAUACCCUGAUGAAGUAUCUCUACAAAGGAAUGGCGAUGCCGGGCUGGGGGGACAUCAGCGGGAGCGUUUUGUUGGGGUGGCAUGAAAAGUUGACUGAAGUAGCGGGUGUAGGCUGCAUUGUGCGAACGAUGACCGAUCGUAGGAUUGUAUAA